AUGCGUCUCGAUAGCGUCAAAUUCGACACCAACGGUGCCCACUCAAUGCCAGACCUGGUCAAGCAUUUUUCCUCCACCCGUGUGACCCCGAACCUCAGUUUUCAUACCUUCGCUGUCGAAGCCAAUCAUUCCUUUAAUCGGGGCUUCCGUCCAGGUCAACACUUGACUCUUCAAUUACCCCCGGACCUUGAUCCCGUGUCUGGACCACAGAACCUGUCAGAAGAGGACAGACGCCUUUCUUUUACUCCAUACCAUGUCGGAUACGCAUAUAAUGGAGUGAUCGAGACUAUCUCGCUUAUGGCUCGGAAUGGGCGUGUCACGGGUCUGCUCGGACUUCCACGUCCACACUCUCCGUUGGUAGCCACAAUUGUUCAAGCUGCUGGCGGAUUCCCACCCGCUAUACUUGACAGUUCCGAAAGACUCAUCUGUAUUGCUGGAGGCACUGGCAUCGCCCCGUUCAUUGCUAUGGCGGCGACAAGGAACCGGAGGAGCAAUCCUGAGGACGGAGAGAGGAAGCCAGUCCUGAUGUGUAGCAUCCGCGGCAAUGACUUCGGCGCCAUCGAAUAUUUGCUAACGCAUCAGUUACUACACCCAAGAGAUUGGAGCAUGGUGCGAAUCUUUAUAACAAAUGGGGAAGAAGAGGAUCAUAUGAUUGAUGGCAAAUCGUCUCAAUGGUGGCACGAACGAUUGAAGGGACUCUCGCAAAACGUAUGUGGUGAUAGUGGCUUUUGUCUUCGUCGAAUGGAGUUACGAGAUCUUGAACCUAUUAUGAAUGGAACGGAUGAUCCGGUGCUAUUCUGUGGAAGCAAGCAAUUGGAAUGGCAGGUAAAGAUGUGGCUGCUUGGGACACGAGAUGUUCACUGUACAGAGAGAUAG